AUGUGGUUUUCUCGAUACAUUCUCCUGCCUGUCUGGCUUGUAUCCCAUUCCCUUGCUCUACCUCAACAGAAUGUGCCUUCUCUGGAUAGCCUCGGUGCUACUCCGAGCGUUUCUUUAAAACAGGGAACAAUCAUUGGUACCGCUACGGUUGUAGAGGCAGGUUCGCCCACAGUGGACAAAUUUCUGGGGGUGCCAUUUGCCGAUUUACCUCUGAAGAGGUUCGCACCACCAGAGCCUGUGAAACAGUCCUCCAAAACCAUACAAGCAAGAGAGUGGGGACCAAAAUGCAUAGAGAACACAGAACCCGGUCCCCUGGUGGACACCUCUGAAGAAAGCGAGAAUUGCCUCUUCCUCAACGUCUAUGUCCCAGGCACCACUACACGCAAUAAGGCUGUGAUGUUUUGGAUCUAUGGUGGCAACUUGCAGUUUGGUAACGCAGGCCAGCCCAACUAUGACGGUGCUUUCUUCGCUGCAUACCAAGAUGUUAUAGUAGUAUCGGCCAACUAUCGAACAAAUGUCUUUGGCUUCUCCAAUUCACCAGAACUCCCAUCCAAUCAUAGAAACGCUGGGUUCCUAGAUCAACGUCUAGCGCUUGAAUGGGUGCAACAGAACAUCCGGGCGUUCGGAGGAGACCCUGAAAAAGUGACCAUUUUCGGUGAAAGUUCUGGUGCUUCCUCUGUCGACCGGCUACUCACUGCUCCCCCAAGCCCACUGCCUUACAGGGCAGCCAUACUACAGAGCGGACAAGCCAGUGUCAGUGUGGCUUCGCCCGCAGACGGCUUGAAGAGCUGGCGCUCACUUGUGAAGCAUCUGGCCUGCGAUGGCUCUAGUAGUGAGUUAGAUUGCGUCAGAAAAGUCGAUGCUUCCAAGAUUAAAUCUCUGGUAAAGGAAGAAGCCCUUGUUUUCACUCCCGCUAACGAUGGCGUAACUCAACUGGCCACCCCUCAAAUCAUACGUCGUUCUUCGGGGCAUGCUGCUCCUGUUCCUAUGUUGAUAGGAAGCAAUGGCCUUGAAGCUUCAUUGUUUCUUCAACCUUUUUUCAAAGAGCUUUAUGAAUCAAAGUCUGCGGAUGCCGCAUACGAGUUCUCGGCUCGGAUGCUUGGCGAUCAAGUCGCAGGGUUCAUACGAGAUCAAGUUGUGCGCACAACUUCCAAAGGAGCAGUCGCCUUGUUUUUGGCACUGUCACAAUUGGCAUCCGAUAUUCUGUAUAAAUGUGCCUCUGCAGUUUCGCAAAACCCAACAUGGCGCUACUUAUUCAAUGGGACUUUUCCUAAUACGCAGGCACCUCUGAUCCUACCAGAAUACGGGCUCAAUAGUGUCGGUGCUUUUCAUUCAUCUGAGAUCCCUAUUGUGUUUGGCACAUACAAAGAGUUUGAAAAGUAUGCUCCUUCUACUCAGGACCAAAUUGCCUUGAGUAAGUACAUGAUGAAAGCUUGGGCAGAUUUUGCAAAAGAUCCACAUCAAGGACCGGGAUGGACGAGAAUGACGGGAAGCCUUGGGGAUAAUACGGCUUGUCUUGGAUGUGAUAAGAAUCCCGGAGGAAUGAAAUUCAUUAGUACAGCAUUUCUGGAUCUUAACUGUUUGCUGAUAAAUCCUUUUUAUCUUGCAAAACAGCCAUUAUUUUAA